AUGGAAGAAGAAGUGGCAGCAGCAGGCAUACUGUGCUACGUGGGAGCCUAUGUGUUCAUCACAUACGAUGACUAUGAUCACUUCUUUGAAGAUGUCUACACACUGAUUCCAGCAGUUAUCAUCAUAGCUGUGGGAACACUUCUUUUUAUUAUUGGACUUAUUGGCUGCUGUGCCACAAUUCGAGAAAGUCGCUGUGGACUUGCUACGUUUGUGAUCAUCCUGCUCUUGGUUUUUAUCACUGAAGUUGUGGUGGUGGUCCUUGGAUACAUUUACAGAGCAAAGGUAGAGGAUGAAGUUGAUCACAGCAUUCGGAAAGUAUACAAUGGAUACAAUGGGACAAACCCUGAUGCAGCCAGUCGUGCUAUUGACUAUGUACAGAGGCAGUUGCGCUGCUGUGGGAUCCAUAACUACUCAGACUGGGAGAAUACUGUCUGGUUCAAGCAAACUAAAAAUAACAGCGUGCCGCUUAGCUGCUGCAAAGCAGCCCUCAGCAACUGCACUGGCAGCUUGACCCGCCCGAUGGACCUUUAUUCUGAGGGGUGUGAGGCUCUGGUUGUAAAGAAGCUUCAGGAGAUCAUGAUGUAUGUCAUCUGGGCAGCACUAGCAUUUGCUGCUAUUCAGCUUCUGGGCAUGUUGUGUGCCUGUAUAGUACUAUGUAGGAGGAGUCGGGAUCCUGCCUACGAGCUUCUCAUCACUGGCGGAACCUAUGCCUAGAAGAGAAUGCGAACAUGCAGUUCAAUCUUAUCUCACUCAUGUGGAAGGUGAACGGGCCAGGUCUACUGCAAUAGCUUUCUUGCCCUAAGCUUAGUCAAAGCACACCUUUCACAGAUGACACAGCUGUACUGUACACUGGUGAUGGGCAAAACAACUCAGCUUUACACACACCCAUAUAAUUACCUGUGACUUUCACUGUUUUAGCCAGCUAUUCAUGUAUCUAAAUGUUUUAGUAUACUAGUAAACUUUCUAAUUUCAGAACCAUUUGCGAGUUUUGUGUCAUUUGGUUGAUAUGAAAGUCAAAGGAUGUGUGCCUACUUUGGCAGAUUACCUCUAAGCAUUAACUGGCUGAUUCUAGCAUAUAGAGAGGAUGUCUUAAAACCUUUGCUACAUGGAACUUUUUCAGCCAAAGUUGUACAAAGGAAGCCAGCUGUAUUUAAUUGGAGAAAACCAGAUUUGAAUCUUGCCCCUCACCAGUGUCACUUUUUAAAAAUCACUUAAGUCCAGUACACUUUUAUAUAAAUAAAAGGAAAAAAAAAAGAGACUAACCAAACCCCAAAACUUUAGGAUCAUGUGACUGCAGUUUUGACCUUCCAGGAACAAAUCUUUCAGACAUUAGUAGUUUAAAAUACAAGCUGGCUUUUCAGGAGUAUAAUGUAUGCACUACUGUUCUAUAAUGAAAUAUUUCAUUUU